CACACAAGCAGCAAGGUCCCACAUCCUGGUACUUUUCAACGUUGUCAAGGAAGGCAUCGAUAGAGAGAAAGGCUCGAGGGAAGUAGCUGCAGUGUCCUGACAGUAUAUCUGUCCAAACGUUCACAAACUGUCCCGGAAAGUUAGGUGUAACUACCAGGACCAUUUGUUGUCUGUUAAUGUCAAGAUGUGGCGGGUGACCACCAGAGAUGGGAGACGGACAUAACAAGACCUAUAGAAUGUUACUCAAUAGCAUACGACAAUGUAGGCUAAAGGCUGACAGCAUCCAUAUCAGGUGAACAUUGGACGAAGGAGAGUGGGAUGAGUGAAGAUUCUGCAGCCAGCACAGUUUGGUGAAGAGCACGAGAGGUGACCAAUCAGAAACUAGCAUGCCAACCACCAAGGGAACUGGAGGGGCUGGCAGCCCACGGGGUCAGCGCUACCGUCCAGCCUCAGAGUUCGACGAUGCCACACUUGCCCAAAAGAGAGAGUACUGGAAGACCAAGAAACGAGAGCAGAGGGCCAAGCUGUCAGAGGUCAAGAGGGAAAAAGAUACAAACAGAGUAUGUAACUCCUUGGGCAGAAAUGCAGUCCAUAAGACCCUAACCUCUAUGGUGUUGAAUCCCAGUGCCUCUUGUUCAAUGGCAGGGUCUGCCCCCACUUUGUUGAAUAGCGAUGGUUCCUACCAAACCAAUGUCGYUGGUGCACCUGUAGUUUUAUUAAAGGGAAAGGGUUCUGCUAUCUCCUAUCAUCUGAACCAUAGUGUUGCGGAAGAGGACCAAAACUCUUCCUCAGCAAACCAAAAGGAGAAGUGGUUCCAGAGGAUAAAACUUGACAAAGUCUUGCCUCAGUUCCCAACGUCCAGUACAGGUCCAGGAGAAGGUGCGAUGGUCUGCAAGAUGUCGGUGAAAAGUUCCCCAACAGGGGGCACUGUGAUCGGAACGGUUACCUCAGCCAAACCCAACGGAGUGCUGCUCAACAGUGGCUCCUCCUUGCCUCUGGGAAGAGUGGCAGUGAGACCCUCAGGUUCUGCACCUCGCCAACCACAGAGCGGAAUGACUAUUCUGAAUGGCGGCUCUCCUGUAGUGUCAACACAGAAGCAUCUGGCCACCCAGAGUGUAUCAAGGCCUGAUGCGRUAACUGAGACGCAAGUUACCGUGCGUGUUCAGCCUGGACCGCUAACUGCUAACAUUACCUCAGGGUUGCCCAUCGUGACCAAUCAGCCUGCCCCUGUCCUCAUUCACAAACCAGAGGGUAGGCCUAUAGGGAUGAAAGUAACACAACUAGGUGGGACAAAGCGUGACCCGGUCACAGGCCAAGAAGUUAGUUGUAUCAACGACACAUCAGCUACACUGGAGACUGCGGAGGACAAAGCCGCCAAGCGCAGAGAGAAUUGGCGCAUCAAGAAGCGAGAACAGAGAGCGAAGCAGGCGGUUAGGUUAACGAAGGCUAGAGAGAGAARCACGAACAUGGAGAUAACGUUGCAAAAAGCUGGACCCAACGUGGUCAUUGAACGUCCUCCGUCUGCUUUGAGUGGACAGGGCCAUAGGCAGUGUAUUAAUAGAGUCAGGGUCCCGUUCAUCUCAGCCGGACGCCUGCUGAAGAACGCCAGAGCAGUGGCUAGCGUUGUAGUCAAAAGGGAGUCUGAGGAUUCAGUCCUGGCUAAGCUAACUGCAGUCAACGCUAAUCAACAGACUGUUCAGGUAAAAGUAGAGAAUCCGCAGGACGCUGAACCAACAAUGCAGACUGGCAUGGCAUCGAAUGUCAUUGGUUUUAAACCUGCAGGGGAACCAAGCAGAAGGRUCCCUGGUCCAGGGCAGUUUGCCAACACUAGCCAAGGUAUGGUCCGUUGUAGGACUCCGAGACAGAGGUUCAUUGAAAUCCAAAGGAAUUUCCUGGGUCAGAGAAACAUGAGAAAGUCCCCCUGUCAUGCUACAGCCUUCAAAACCUGCAACGCACUCCGAGAGGACCCAACGGAGACACCCGAGCAGAGGGUGUCCCGGAAGCGGGAAUACUGGCGUGUCAAGAAGCGWGAACAGCGAGCUAAGCUGUCAGUGGAAGUCCGAGCUAAGAUGAAGGAGAAGGAUGCUCUGAUGCGAAGAGUCAACCGGUACCAGAGCAUAUUGGAGGAUAUGAGGAAGGCGAGAGCAGCGGGCUGCAACACACUGCCACAACCAACAGGAAAUGGGCCMACCCACACCAGCGCCUCAGAGACCAUCGGAGGGUUCAUCAAGGAGGACGGUACAUUGACCAAUACCAUUCCCCAAAUGUAUCUCAUUACAGAAGCAAAAGAGACAGGGGAUGAAAUUGGUGGCAUCGGUGGGAUGCCUGUUAAUAAUUCAUUUACGAACACUAACAUACAGCGCCAACACCAACUGCUUCCCAAACACACUGGUGAUACAUAUAGUAAUAUGGUACAUCAAAUACGGGUCAACCCACCACCUCUAAUCCGUCCUGCUCAAGUUAAUGUCUCCUGUCCUCCCAUCGGCCUAUCAAUCAGAAAGCCUCCCAGGUUAGUUUCAGGCAGCCCCCCGAAAAACCUCCCUAAUCCACACACAGUCGUCCAGCCCCAGAGUCGUAUCACCCUCACACACCCUCAAAACAUUCAAAACACCUUUCCUGGUUUGCCUACAGCGAUACCGAAGCCGGCUAGCUGGGUCAUGCAGAUGGCUGUCAAAGCUUCUACAGCAUCAGCAGCGCUCAACUUGGACCCAAAGCUAACAGAGGAGGAAAAGAUGGCUAAGAAGAGAGAGUACUGGAGGGUAAAGAAACGAGAGCAGAGGGCGGCACGCGCCACCCGCCUAAGGCAAGGAGUUCAAGCUAGGGGAAAGACUGCCUCACAGAAGAGGCGGAACCAAAGGUUAGCACGAUUAGCUGUCGCCAUUCCCAAUGUCAACAACACACUGACUAUCAAGCCUCUCUCAAACACCAGUGUGUCCACGUCUCCACAGGGAGACCAAAUCAAACAAGAGAGAGGAUCAACCUCAACAGACGCUCCAUGUCCUCUACUGGAACAACCCCUCUGUGUUGAUAUCAAACCGUCCCGGUGUUCACCGCCACCACAGACCGAGCCACCAGACCCAGCCUCGAGUGCUGACAGCCAGGCCACCACUCUCUUGGUGGUGGCUUCUAUGAAGAAGRUGCUGGAGGAAUCCCUCAGCACUGUGGCUGACUGGAAAACGGAACAGCCAGACUGUAUUACAGAACAGCUGCCUUGUAAAAGUGAUCCUCAGACAUGUUCUUACAAGGAUGCUUCCGUCCAGAUGGAGGUCAAGCCAAAUCUACCUCUGCUCACCCUGGAAGAUGAGGAGAAGGUCUCCCUAUCUGGUGACCUAUCGUUGGAGGUCAAAGGAUGGAAGGUGGAUGCUGACGCCRUGCCAUCCUGCCAGGUAACCAUUUGCCCAUUGAGCCCUCAUCCUAAGGACUCUCCCCUGUCAAGUCCUUGCACUGAAAGUCUGUCUUUCCCAGCUCCCCCUCCCUCUGAACCCACCUCUCACACACCCACACACUCUUGGUCCCACACGGCAGCUUCCAGAGGACCACCCCUCCCUCGCAGAGCCCAGAGGCUGCGUGCCAAAAAAGCAGGACACCACCACUGCUGCUCCCCAGAACCCCCAAAGCUACACCAUCAGCCUCAACAACAACAACAACAACCACCUCAUCAACAACAUGAAAAUCAACAUCGACAUCAACCACCUCAUCAACAACCUCAAAAUCAACAACAACUUCAGCAACAUCAGCACGCCCCAGAGGUGACAGGCCAGAAUGUGACUCUGGAGAAGAAGAGGGAGUACUGGAGGACGAUAAAGAGGCAGCAGAGAGCUAGGACUGCCAGGCAGGGAGGAGGGGGGCUGAGACGGGGGGACUACGGCAGACGACUGGCCCUCAAAGCAGCACAGGUUUCGAAUCUCCUCAUUGUGAAGACACACACACAGAGGCCAGUGCAGAGAAGCGGAAGCUUCGGUCUACACACAGCACCAUUGCUCGAACUGCAGUCCCCCCCACUUCUCCAGCCUAUAUCUCCCCCUGCUUCUGGACCCAAGGCUAGCCUCAGCAUGGUCACCAACAUCCCUACACUUCUGGUUGUAGACCCCACUACCUCCAACAUGGGACAGCCAUAUGAUACAACACAGCUCAACCCUCCUGUCAACUGUACCAGCAUCUCCAAUUCACCCAUUGGUCACACAGGGUCCCCACAGACAUCUCAUAGCUUCAGUACCGUGUCUAUCCCUAUAGGAGGUGGUGUCACUGUCCCCCCAUUGAGUGAGGGGAAGAAAGACGGGCUGCUAUUGGWGGAGAACCAACAGGAAGCGGCCCCAGGAUCCAGCGCUGACUCGCCCCACGUUCUAAAAUGGAGACUGCGAGUGCAGGAAACCUCAGACARCGAUACCUCACCCAUCGCUACUCUCACACCUCCUCCCAACCCMUUGACUAGCAUAAAACUCUUACCCAUUCAGCAUCCCAGUCAAACAUCCUCUUUCACCCCAACACAGACUCCUUUCAAAUAUCAAGGUGCUCAGAUUUCUCAAAGUGGGAAUGUACAAAAUGUACGAUCGCCUACAUUGCAGGGGCUCACCAAAAGCCCUAUCUACAUAAGCCCAAUGGGUCCGCCCAAGCCAGUGCCGGGGGAGUCGGAAGAGGAGACUCUGAGGAAGAAGAGGGAGUACUGGAGGGUGAGGAAGAAGGAGCAGAGAGCCAGGAAAGCAAUGAGAGAUGGGGAGAUGACAGAGAAGAGGCCCUCGGUCAACUGGCAGCCCAUCCUUCCUAACACUCAUCAUCCUCAACAGCUGCUUGAGGAGAUGGAGACACAGGAACAGGAUCCUGACCGGUGGUUCAACACCUCCGAGGACUCUGAACUACUUCUGAGUACUUCCACAGAGACAGACAUGUGCUACUUUCCUGACUUUGGCCAAACUGAACCUUUAGAAGACGAAUCAGAGCUCCUUUUCCUACACGACGAUCUUGGCGACAACUACGACGGCGCCAUCUCGGAUGCUGUAUGGAGGAAUCGCUACCUCAUGGACUACGACCCGCUGAACCAGCUGCUGGUGUGCAUGGUGUGCGGGGAGCUCCAGUACUCCCACAGCCUGGAGGGGGUGAGGGCCCACAUUGACGAGGCCCACCCAGAUACCCUGAGCCUGGAGUCCCCGGAGCACCUUCGCAUCCUAGAGGCCUGGGACGAGCAGGUGUCCAGGAGAGAACGCUUCUUCACCAGCCAGCUGCAGCAACACAGUGGGACGAUGGGAGGGGACAGUGUCAACCUCCCAGCAGAAGUAAUGGUUGAUACAGAGGACUCGUCAUACCCGACGAACAGCAAAAGCUCUAGAACGAUUAAAAGACUCUGAGGGCUAAGGUGAGCAUUUGAGCCUUCAUAACUGUACAUUGCACAGACACCAUCCAUGUCUGUAUAUCAUAAUGUUGACCGUAGCUCUCUGUAUACCAAGGGGUGUAUUCUUAUGUCUGUAGGAAUACGUUUUUCCGACACAUUGUUUGACAAACUCGUACGUCCUACCUACUUGUCCUAAUUUACAGAAGCACAAAUYGCUCAAUUCCAGACAGCAUAAAACAAUAGAGGAAGUGAAAACAUUUCUGCUGUUUUCUUUUGUGUAUUAUCUUUUCCGGAGCAGUUCCUCUACAAAGGAUGAACUAAACUUGGAACUGUAUAACUGUAUAGGGGACAUGGAACGACAAGAGGCAAGCUUUACCUCAUUAACUUUGGGAUAGACCCACACAUAUACACACACCCACACGCACUAAUYUAUCUUCUUGCUGMMUUUUUUUUACCCCMUUUUAUCCCCAAU